CAAACUCACUCGGAAAGUGGACACAUUGUUUCCGCUGCUCUACGAGACCUCACCAUAUCCAGUUAUUUUCAGCCAAACAGGAAAUCAGUUCCAGAUCUACCUCUAGCCUACCAUGUCUGAACCAGGUUCUGGUUGUGGUGUUCCAGCCCAGAGAAGCUCACAGCUGGGUCCAGAGAUGCUGUCAGUGAUGCUGGAUAACAGCAGUCAAACAGUGGAACUCAAUGUGAUUGUCAAGGAGGAGGGCGAGGAGAGAGAAAUCAAUGAGCGGGAGGAGGAAGAGCGAGAGGAGGACAGGGCCUCUGUUGACUCAGGAGAGGGCCCCAACCCAGACCCAGACAACGAGCCCAGUUCCACAGCAUCAAGACUACCUGGGCGUGGGAGUUACCCAUGCCCUCAAUGUGAGAAGAGUUUCAGUUCCUCAACUAACCUAAAGAAUCAUCAAAGAGUACACACUGGAGAGAAACCUUUCGACUGCCCAACAUGUGGGAAGAGUUUCAGUGAGAAAGUAAACCUUAAGAGACACGAGAGAGUACAUAGUGGAGAGAAGCCUUACCACUGCACCACAUGUGGGAAGAACUUCAAUCAUUCAGGAAGCCUUAAGCAACACCUGCGAAUACACACAGGGGAGAAACCUUACCACUGCUCUCUUUGCGGGAAGAGUUUCAGUCGGGCAGGAGACCUGAAGACUCACCAGAGAUCCCACAGUGAAGAGAAGCCUUACCACUGCUCUCUUUGUGGGAAGAGUUUCAAUCAGCCAGGAAACCUAAAAAGUCAUCAGCGAAUACACAUUGGAGAGAAGCCUGCCUGUGCUUUAAAUUUGAUUGUCAAAGAGGAGGAGGAUGAGAAGGAAAUCGAUGAGAAGGAAAAGAGAGAAGUUAAGGAAGAAAAUAGUUGUGUAAUUGACCUAGGUACAUCAAGAGUUCCUGGUCGUGGAAGUUACCCCUGUCCUCAAUGUGGAAAGAGUUUCAGUUCUUCAGGUAAUCUAAAAAAUCACGAGAGAGUACAUACUGGAGAGAAACCUUUCCACUGUGCCACAUGUGGGAAGAGUUUCAGUGAAAAAGUCAACCUCACGAGACACGAGAGGGUACAUAGUGGAGAGAAGCCUUACCACUGCACCCAAUGUGGGAAGAGCUUCAAUCAUUCUGGAAGCCUUAAGGAACAUCAAAGAGUGCAUACAGGGGAGAAGCCUUACCACUGCUCUCUUUGUUGGAAGAGUUUCAGUCAGCCAGGAAACCUUAAGAAACACCAGAGAAUACAUACAGGGGAGAAGCCUUACCACUGCUCUCUGUGCGGAAAGAAUUUUCGUUUCGCAGGAGACCUAAAGAAUCACCAGAGAUCCCACAGUGAAGAGAAGCCUUACCACUGCUCUCUGUGUGGGAAGGGAUUCACUCAGCUAAGAAUUCUUAAAAGUCAUCAGAGGAUACAUAUUGGAGAGAUGCCUGUCUGUGCGUUCAAUGUAUUUCUCCAGGAGGAGGAGAGUGAGAGGGAAAUCAAUGUGGAGGAAAAGAGAGAUGUUGAGGAAGAGGAGGACAAUAGUGGUGUAGUUGACCCAGAUAUAUCAAGACUACUUGGUCGUGGUCGUUACCCCUGCCCUCAGUGUGAGAAGAGUUUCCGUUCCUCAA